AUGGAUGAUGUUGUAAAUGAAAACAAAUUAUUAGCAGCUGAAAGCAAGAAAGUGGCUGAUCGUGAAAAGAUUCUCGAAAUGCGUGUGAGGGUGGCAGAGUUAGAAGAGGAAAAGACAUGCAGAGAUGAGCAGAAUAAAUAUUUUGUGUUAAAAAACAAGGAGCUUGAAGCUGCAAAGGCGUUGAAAGAACAUGAGUUCUACAUGUUGAACAAAGUUGUUGAAAACAUGCUCGGAAAGCCGAUAGAACAAAGAUUCGAGGAGAUUGAAGUUGAAGAAGUUAGAGCUAAGCGCCAAGCUGAGAUUGAAGCUCUAAUGAAAGACAAAGGCAAGAAUGCUGAAGGCUGUGUUGCAGUAGCUGAAAGAUCAAUCGUUCCAUCUUUAGUCGUUGAAAAUCCUGUUCCUAUAUCUUCAGUAUCUGUUAUUUUUGAGGAAGAUGUAUCUCUUGAAGAUCUUGCUGGUGACGAUGAUGAAGAAGAUGAUGAGGAUGAUGAUGAAGGUAGUGAUGACGAGGAAGAUGACGAUGAUGAAAAGGUCUUCUCUGCUAGCAGUCAUGGUUCUGAUGAUGACAAUGACGACGAUGAUAAUCAGGGUGGUAUGGGAAUCAAAGUGACGGAACAGUCAAGUGAAAGGACUGUUGAUGAUUAUUUGAAUGAUAGUGUGAAUGAAGAAACUGAGGGAGUUGACGGAAAGGGGGAGCAUGGUGAUAAUCAAAAUGUUGAACAAGUUGAAAAGUUAAUUUUGAGAGUAGAACCUCAUUUGGAGGAAGGUGAGCACAAACAUACGUAUACAUUGGAUGAUAUUAAAGAAAUGACACGUAUGGUGGAUCCAGACUUCAAGUUUGAUAUUGAAGAUGAAUUGAAUGCGUUCGACAUCAACCAUCAACCCGAGUAUGAGUAUAAGUAUGUAGAGGAUGCUGAUGUGUAUGAUAGGGUUGAGGUUGAAGAUUGUACUGAUGACGAGAGUGUAAAUGAAGAUACUUCUCAGUUUCCUACACUGAUGGAGUUCUUUACUGAAGAGAAUCGAGAUGAACUGAGAAGGAAAGUAGCUGAGAUUUUGAAGGACAAAAAUUUCGAUGGUACUCCUAAAGACAUGCAGAAGGAAGAACGGCAAAAGUGGUUUAAAGAUAGUCAUGAAAGAAAGUUCAAAAGGUCGUUGAAAUAUUAUCAGAGAGAUCGAAGUAUUUCACUCAGUGAUAUCAUUAGCUGGGGUUUCCUACCUCAUGUUAAUGCUUAUGCGAUCAGAAGAGAGUUUGGAGUACAGUAUUUUGAACGUCUGUAUGACGUGAUGUCUCUACCGUGGUGGGAUGUCGAAGAGUUAUCGAAAAAGCCGCAUUACCCGAAGAGAGUUCAAAGGGUAGAUCCAGUAACAGGGGUUGAGGAGACUAUCCUGAACGUGAAAAAGCCGAAGGCAAUGAAGAAUAUACCAGUGCCGAAGAUGGAGCAGGAUUUCUACAAAGGCUUCUUGGGCUGGGUAUAUAGUUGCAUUUCAACUGAGGCUGUUAUUACUUAUCGAGCUGGAAGGGAGAUAAGAGAGAUAUAUGUUUACGACCCGAUGUGGUUAGUGAAUUGCUCGGCCAAAGAUAUGGAAUUUUUAUUCAUAAAUAAGAUCCAUUUUCAGUCUGAAGACCAUGAACAAGCAAUGCAGUUUCAACAAGUGGUAUCUAUUUGCUUUCAGAAAGGCAUAAAUUCUGAUAGUAAAUGGAAUUCAAAAUGGUGGUCGCUCGAAGAGAAAGAAAAGAAGAAGGCUGAACGUGAACGAAAGAAGCUUGAAGCAAACAGAGGAAAGCGGAUGAAUAUUCAGACUGAAGAAGAAAAGAAAAGAAAGAAAGAUAAUGAUAGGUUGAGGAACUUGCUGAAGACCCGAAGACCAAGACUGAAGACUAUGUCUAAAGCCUACGUCUUAGUCUUAAUCAUGUUUGUAUAG